AUGGAUCUAAUUCAAAGAGACCUUGAUGAAGUGGCAAUGCUGUGGAACAGUCACACCAUUAGACCCAGUAGGAUGGCAGAGUGUCCAUCGGGUAUACCUGAUGAAAUGUACUUUUUCCCUCAGAAUUCAGGUAUUUCAUUAAAACAUUACUGUUGUGGUCCGGUAAACCAUCACCUUAGUGAUUUAGUGACAGUGAGCGUAACAGGGAUUAACGAUUUUGCCACCCCCUGUCACACAUCAAGUCCUCCUUGAGGGCUUUAAAAAUACGGUAAGUUAACAGCAAGUUUGGACUGUUGUCAACUGUCUUCUCUGGGGUACUUCCGCUGGCACCGUUAAAACAAAGGAACCAAACAACAAAAUCUCGUUUGGACUUGUAUUGUUUGGUGGUUUUGUUUGUUUUGUUAUGAAGUUUUUGAACAUUGGUAUUCUUAGCAGUUUGUUAUGUAUCGGGUAUCUUGAUAAUUAGUUUUCAGUACGUGCUGGUUUCUUGAUAAGUAGAUCACAGUCCUAAGGUUAUAGAAUUUGUUGCCCAUAUGGAUAGUUCCUUACAGUUGUGUUCUAUGUAACCUGUGCGCCGGUACUUGCUGAGGCAAACUUGUGGACACGUUUUCCUCUUCCUUUAUCAGAGUUAAAAACUUUGAUUUCUUUCCAGAGAAUUAAUGAUCAAGCUAUAAUUGACUGUGUGUUCAAAUUAAGAACUAAGCAAUGUCUUAUUUAGCGCAUAUGCAUAAGAUCAUUCGGUUCAAUAGCAAACACUUAAUGAGCUAAUAAAUUAGCAAAUCAUCACUAUUACGUUCCAGAAAGGUUCUGCACAGUUAAAAUGACUGGUGAGAUCUGAUUUGAUUGCCUGUAAUCCCUCCAGGUGGUAUCGACAUGAAAUUCCAAGUAACAAACGCAACGUUACAAUUAGCAGAGGCCUACACAUGUGACAAGGGUUCUUGUUGUGGAAACAGAGACUUCGAAGAGUACCUGGACUACAUUAUGCAGAGAAAUGUUUUGCAAAAAGUAUCAGAUUGGAAGGAAGCGUUAGAGUUGUAUUUUAGAUUGACACUGUUAGCAGAAAUGUAG